GAUCUACUGUUGACACGAUUCGCGUUGAUCUCACUCGUGGUGUGCAAGUGACUUUAUACGACAUACAUCAUCUUCGUCAAGAUAUUGCAUCCCUAUCCUCCAAUGUAGAUGACUUUUGUCAUAGAAUUGUCACUGAUAUCAAAUCCACAUGCAAGAGUACAUGGGAAAAGGAACUUCAACGCAUUGUGGAUGAACAGCAGUUUGUCAAGGACCAAGAGGCUUUUGGAGAUGAAAUGGGACAGAGUAUACGCACACUUGAUGACUUUCUUACUACGAUUGAACACGUUGUCAAAACGAUUGAACCCAACAUGUCUAAUCCAAACCAACCCACUUCCACUUCUGAGCCAUCCAACUUUAUUUCUCAUCGUGUUCCCAUUAUUCUUGAUGUGAUGCAUGCAGAUGAAGCCAAAACGGUUGGAAUUCAAAAUGUUUUGGCCGAGUUGGAAUUUAAAACUGCUGAUUUGAGAAACAGUUCUGAGCGACGUGUUGCUGCGUUACAUCAAAUGGGAGUGAUUCGUCCUUUGUUGCAAAAAUCUCGAAAAUUGGUAUCAAGGUUUGAAAAGGAACUUGGAGAACGUAUGUCGACCGAAAAGUUGCGCUUACGUGUAGAGUCGGUCAUGGAGGUGGAGCAAAAACGCCAGAAAAAAGACUGGGACAUGAUUACAUUGAUAUACAGUGAGUCUGGCGAGCCAUUGCAACAUCACUGACUACCAAUAUUGACUUUAAUAAAAUUGAGUCGAGUAUAAGCU